AGAAUGGGAUCUGAAAGUAGGAUGAAGCUCCCUGUAAUAGAUUUCUCCAAUCUUAAACAAGAAACAGCAACGUGGGAAUCAGUGAAAACCCAAGUGAGCGAAGCCCUAGCAGAAUAUGGUUGCUUUGAGGCCAUAUUUUCAAACCCAAAAUAUUCACUUGUUAAUGUGCUUCAACAACUAUUCGAUCUCCCUCUACAGACAAAACUACUCAAUAAGUCAAACACAACUUACCAUGGCUACAUCGGACAACAUGCAGUUGUUCCGCUGUACGAAAGCUUGGGAAUCAGUGAUGCCUUGGUACCCGGAAACAUCGAAGCCUUCGUCGAACUAAUGUGGUCCCAUAACGGAAAUCCGACUUUUUGCGAGAGCGUAAGAUCGAUUUCGGAGGAGUUACUCGAAUUGAACAAGAUUGUGAGGACAAUGGUGUUAGAGAAUAAUGGAAUAAAAAAGUACUUGGACGAGCAUAUUGAUUCGACUAACUAUGUGGUACGAUUUCAAAAGUACGAUGGUCCUAAAACAAACGAGACUGAGCUUGGACUCGUACCCCACAUAGAUAUGAACACCCUCACCAUAUUAUUUCAAGAUGACGUCACCGGAUUGGAAAUGCAGAAAAAAGAUGGAGAUGAUUGGAUUGAGACCUCACCUAAUUCUUUUAUUGUCAUGGCGGGUGAAUCUCUCCGGGCGUGGACAAAUGGUCGGGUGCAUGCUCCUUUUCACAGGGUGAUGAUGACCGGAGACAAAGCUAGAUACUCGAUCGGACUAUUUGCCGUUCCAAAAUCGGGAUACAUAGUUACGGCUCCAAAAGAGAUGGUGGAUGAAGAGCACCCCUUACUCUACAAACCCUACGAUUACGUUGAGUUUCUUAAUUAUUACUACGGUGAAGCUAGUAAGACUUCUCCCAACGCUCUAAAGGAUUAUUGUGGAGUCGUCUGAUAAUAUAAUGAAUUCAAAGCUCGAAAAUUUGUUUUCGGAACAAUAAUGUAUUUCGUAUUUGCGAAUAAGCAUAUAUUUCAGUUCAUGCAUGGUGUGUUUAUGUUUAA